UUGUUGUCAUUCGUUUUCAGCGCAAUUUUCCACUUCUAACAGCACAAGUUCAAUUUUAUUGAAAUUUCAUAAUUUUAUUGUGGUUUCGCGCUCAUAAUAUAUUUUUUUCGUGAUGGAAUGGACAGAAGAAGACGUUGAAGAAGAUAUAGACGGGUGUAUACACAGUAUACAUGUCCGUAAUUUCUUUUGCCACGAUAAUUUGGAAAUAAAUUUGAAUAGAAAUGUAAACUUUAUUGUUGGUCGUAAUGGUAGUGGUAAAAGUGCAAUUUUAACGGCUUUGGUUGUGGGGUUGGGCGGCAGAGCCUCUGCUACAAACCGUGGGAAUAAUUUACAUUCAUUUAUUAAAAAAGGGGCUAAUUCCGCUACAGUAGAGAUAAAAAUAAAAAACAACAGUCCAAAAGCAUACAAGCACAAUGUAUAUGGAGAUUUCAUCACUAUUGUCAGAAACAUCAAUGCUUCUGGAGGUUCCAGCUACAAAGUCAAGUCGGCUACAGGAGAGGUCAUAUCAACCAAGUUUGAAGAGGUCAACUCAAUAAUAUUAGCACAUGACAUACAAGUAGACAACCCAAUCUCUGUCCUGAACCAAGAUGAUGCAAGGAGUUUUCAUGCCUCUGACGCAAAGAAGAAAUAUUCUUUGUUUCGAAAGGCAACAAAUCUUGAUCAGACUGAAAUCAACUAUGUGAAAGCACUUGAAAAUUGCAACAAAGCCUCUGCGACUUGGAACAGAAAAAAUGAUGCCUGUCAAGAAUUGGAAAAGGAGUACAAAAAGUGGAAGACCAGUCACGAACAACUACAGUCCCGCGACGAGAUUGAGGCACAGAAGCAGGCUUUACAAAAUGAGUACUACUGGAGCGAGAUAGCGGACUUCGAGCGCGAGGCCGCCAUGGUGCAGGCGCAGUAUGACAAGCAGCAGGCGAGGGUCGACAGGCUUGUGGAGAAGUUGGGGAAGAUGAAGGACAACUUCGGGAACAAUAAUGAGGCCUUGGAGGCAUUAAGGACCCAAAUGGACGAGAAGACCCUCGAAAAGACAGCCCUUGAACAAGAGCUGCGCGCUCUAGAGACGCAAGUUCGUGAACUACAGGUGGAGCAGCGCACCGCGCAGCACGCCGCCUCCAAGCAUCAAGAACUCAAGGCCAGAGAGGAGAGGAAGGUGGCCGAUAUCGAGCGGGAGAUCAACAAUGUGGACUCUGGCAGCUCGGCUUCCCGUCGCGCCCAGCUAGAAGCGAAAGCGGAGCGUGCUGCGAGCGAAGCGCAAGCGGCCCGCGCGCGCUACGACACCGCGCACCACGACGCUACACAGGCGCGUGCUCAUCAACAACACGUGCAGCAGCAGUACGAUACUGCCGUCGCGGCUGCCCAGCGUGCCAGGGACUCUCUCAGUAAGUGA